CUUAGUCGAUGUACGGUACCAUGGAAGGGAAUGUAUUGUGCAUAAAAGUAGAUUGUAAGCUCUGAUUUUCAUGGUAAAUAUACGACAACCGGUCUAUUCGUUAUAUCACGAGAUCGCUACUAGCAGUAGAGGUGCAAGUUAGUUGACUAUCAUGUAACAAGGAGAAUUUGAUGUACAUCGGAAUUCAGAUAAAUUUGUAGUAAUUAAUCUUUGAUAAAGGAACAUUCCAACUUUCCGUUUAAGUGUAGCAGAGGGGUUGUGCCUAUACCUCUCUGCGCUUCUGUGAUUAUUACUGAUAAAGACGUGUAUAUAGCACGUCGAAAUCUAAAUGUUUGGAUACGUGGAUGCUGACAACUAACUGCAUGGUGCAACCUAAACAGAUUCACUGGUAUUCGGUAGGAAAUCAAAAUAACAUUGCCUGGAUAUAUCUGGUAGCAAAAGCACUUUAGACAGCAGGGCCAACCUUCUGGGAUAGGAGUCGCGUCAGUGUAUACUUCGACUUGACUAUUGAGUCAGUGUACUCUCAAUUCAAACUUUUAGUGUAGUACAUAUACCUGUAUUCACUAACGAGAAUAAUGUGGCUUCAGUGGCAUAUGUGACUUCUACCACUAUUCCAGUGUUGUUUUUACUAUCAACUUUUGAACAGAAAAUAAGAUUAUACGGCUCUACCACACUACAUGAUUUAAACGAUGAUCAACUCAGCACCACGUACACCCUCGAUUUGAUUUGAUUUAAUUUAUGCCAUUAUAUCAUUACACUGAUGAUGGUAACAGUGGACUGGGAAUCAGAGCGUUAAGGAGAUUAUACGGACUUAAGUUCAGUUCUCUUCAUCGGAUUAACAGACUCAUGACGCCAAGUAGCCUUUGACAGGGCUUAUGUUGCAUGAAAGACGACUUGUUGUAAAGAGAAAUAUCACAUCUCGAAUAGUUUUGGCCUAUAUACUCUCUCUUGUCUGAGAGAUCAGAGAUCAUUGAUAUCUGCUGAGGUGACUGAAGACACUUUCAGUGGGUUGUUAUAGCUUGAAAUGUUGCAGAGAAUGUACUUUUAUUGGCGGACUGUGAGAAUAUUGCGAAUGAAAUGAUGUAUGGAGCUGAGUUUUGCUGUCGCUCAAGUGUUGAUGCAGCGCACAGGGGGAAGAAAGAGUAUCUUCCGGGAUACACUUUAGAUAUAGGGUCCGAUAUACACGGAAAGAUUGCAGAUUAGAUCAUCCAUGCUUAGAACAGAGCAGGUAUUUCAUAUGCCAUAAAUGUUCAUAAGGAAUCUUCCUUUGUUUAGCCAGAACAUAUUUUUCUUGCAUGAAAGUUGUCAUCAGCGUAUAUAAAGUUUUACACGAUGGGUGACGAAGAUGACACGCUCUUUAUCGAGUACUCUGAAGAUUCGCCAUUCGUGAGGGCAAUUAUAGCAGAAGAAGUUAGAAACAAAGAGGAAGAAGCUCUGGAGAAGGAAAGAGAAGAGGAAGCUGCUAGGAUAAAGAUAUACGAAGUUGAUGAGAAAUUGAUUGGUUUAGGAUGGCGAAUCUAUGGCCUUGUCAUCGUAACAUUCCUUAAUGCAUUGAACUACACACAACAAUACCUUCUGAUUGUAACAAUAUUUGGCAUGGCCAACGAGUUGCGUUUUGGAGAAACGCGGUGUCAGGUGAUGAAUAAAACAUUGGCACGUGACUAUCUCCACGAUGAGAACAUUACAGGAGACAUCAAUGGACUGUGUUCUGAUAUGGAAAGAUGUUGUGAGAACAGCACGCUUUACUUACCUGACAUAUGUGGAAUACAAUACACAGGACAAGGUACUCUGUUUGAAUUAUUGGCUGGUCCUAUUUACAUGAUUGUGCAAGGUGUAGUCGGCAUACCGCUGUUAGGCUUCAUCCAGUGGUUUUCAUGGCGACCACCAUUCAUUAUAUGCAUGUUUACUACACUGUGGACACUCUGUACUUUGUUGACAGCCUUUAUGAACGACUACUGGGCAAUCGCACUCCUUCGCUUCUUCUUUGGUGUUUUUUCUGGCCCCUACAUACCAGUGGCUUUUUCCUACUUAGUCAGUGUCUUUCCUUCGAAGGUACAUACGCUUGUCGUUGGGAUAGCGCACUACGGUGGCAUUGCAGGGUACGGCAUCUCUUUUCUUUUCAUCUAUGUUAGUGACGCUAUCGGAUGGCGAUGGUCGUACUUCAUUAGCGGAGCAGUUGGAGUCAUCUUCGCCAUCGGAUCUUGCAUCAUGGUUAAUCCAAAAAUAAGCCAUCGAGGUCAGACAAGGACACUGCGACCAUCUUGGAAGCAACAACGUGAAGGUCUAAAGCAGAUUGUGUGGUCGGUAAUGCUGUCUCUUAUGUUUGCCAACACGUCACGCAUAGCAGCUUUGAACGUAGCAUCAUUCAACAUAACUCUCUACAUGGCGGAAUAUUUCCCGGACUUUAAUGUGGCAAUUAUAGGUGUGGUCGUAUUAGUGUUAAGCUUUCUUGGGAAUAUCUUCGGGGGGAUCCUCGGUGAUCUUCUGAAGAAGUCUUCUGGUUUACGAGGGCGACUGUGGCUCAGUCUUGGUCUAAUGAUUCUAACGUGUUUAUUGGUACCAUGGGUCUUCCAUACUCCAGCUGUAGUGUGUGUUGCUCUAGGAGGCAUCUUUCUCGCCGUUAGUGACUGGUUCUACGUAGUCAACCUCGCCAUCAUCUCCGACCUCACACUUCUGCAAUGCAAGACUGCCAUUUUCGCGCUCAAUUUCUUCCUCAUUUAUUCUAUAGGUGGCGCUGUCAAUCUAAUCGUUGCCCCUAUCGCCUCUCUGAUUGGUCUCCGUGAAGCUUUAACGAUUAUCACUGGAAUUUUUUCUUUUGUUCCUAUUCUUCUACUUCUCAUACCCUUCGGAUUGAUUGAGUACCUUAAGAAAAAGAUCGAGGCUUUGAAACAAUUAGUGACUCAACAGGACAAGAAAGAAGAUGAAAGGGAUGAAGUCGAAGCUGAGUACGAUGAAACCACACCUCUCACGGUAUCAUACCGUUCUAGGUAACAAGCGAGGGAUCGACAUGAGAUACGAUGUCUUUAUAGUCGAUUAUAAUGGUAUUUACGUGGUAGUUGAUAGCUCCCGCUAUACUUCAAUAAUGCUGAACUGUUCAGUUUACGGGUCGUGGUCUAUAUAAAAGGCCUUUCAUAUAGGGUGUUUACGCAACAGCUACGCAGAUGCUUUCUAGAACGUAGAUAAUCUAUUGUAAAAUGUUCUUCAUGACAAAGAAGUCUUUGUCGAGGGUUGGUAAAUCAAAACAGAAGGUGAUUCUGGACGAACGACAUAUUUUCGAUUUUGUGUUUUCACGUUAAAAGACAAUCACUCUUUUCUUCAGUAAUUCUUGUUACAGGAGAUAUCAUUGCAGUGUAUUAGUCAAUCCUCGUGUAUAAGAAUUGGAAACUGGAUGAAAUACGUGUUUCGCUUUUUAAGCGCUUAAAAGGGUAUAAAAUGAAAUCCUUAACAGUAAUAAGGAACUUUGAGUAAAUCCUGUUUGAAAACUAUUUAUAGGUACAAUGGCAUCACAAUUAGUAAUAAUCUGCAAUUGAAAUUACAUGUUGAUAAUGUUGUAAGCAAGGCAAAUCGACAUCUUGGCUUCAUUAGACUAAUUGGGGCAAGUCUUCUACUGUUUCAAUAUUAUCACUUUAUAAGUCUCUUAUCCUCCCUAUAUUGGAACAUGACUAUCCACCAUGACAUCCUUACACCAUUCAAAAGACAUAGCAAAUUGAAUGAGUGCAGCGAACUUAUGCAGCAGAAGGAGGACAUGAAGACUCUCGCGCCCCAAUUGGUCUAGUCUUGCCUCAAGAAGGAAUUAUUUGCUUUUUUCUUUUAUUUUCAAAUGUCUACAUGGUCACAUUAAAUGUGAAGCUCUCUCUCAUGCAAUGUUCUUAUAAAUUCUUGUCAUCAAGAACUCCUUACAUUCUGUCAUCUAGAACUCAUUCUCUCGUCGGUUUCCAAGAAUAUGGAAUAUUCUCACUCGCGAUGUAUAGGAUGCUGCUCUUCUCACUCUCCUUAAUCUAAAACAAUCCAUUUUUGCCACAAGAUAAGUAAGAUAAAUAUGAAUAAGAUUUACUUUUUUUGGGUUUCUUCAUACUAUAUUCUAAAUUAUAUUCCAUGCUAUUAGUUAUGAUUAUAAUGGGUGUGUUUAUCUCCAUAUUGCCAGAUUAUUGGAUUAGAACAGAGACUACUCACAUUACUUAUUAUUUCACCAGUUUGUAUUUAUUACUGACCAGAAGACCAGCUUUAGUUAUUAAUUUUCAAUCGUUCUCCAGUUGAAUUUAAAACAUCAAUCAGUUUAUGCAUUUUCAUUAUUCUUUUAUUAAAAUUUGACUGGACACUGAGCUAGAUUAUUUUUCUGUAAUUUGUAUGUUUGGUAAGUUAGAUAUUUGUACACAGUACUACAUGUGGGGUGACAUGCUUCCGAGCAAUAGCUAUUUAUCAAAUGCUUUUAUCACCCCUGACCAGCAUUGCACUGCUUUGUUUUGUAUCGUUUAUUUUUACCCGGGUUUUUACCAUGUAUAAGAGUCAUUUAUGUUUGUAUCAUGAUUUGGUCAAAAUUAAUAAAUAAUAACAAUAAUAAUAAAAUUUCGACAUUGUGAUUACAUUUCAUUAGGAUGUUUUUAAUAUGCUCGUUUUGUUUGAAUUUACUCCUUGCUAAGAAAUUGAUAAAGCAUCAACUGAGCUUCGGUGUGAUAUUAUUUUAGAUGGGUAUGGUUGCAUUCUCUUACAAAGUAUGAGAGUAAAAACAAUCAACGCAUGCUACAUACGUGUAUUUUAUAACUUGUGAAUGUUAUUAUCAUUGUUAUCAUUAGUCAAUUCUAUCUCAUGAUAAUUGUAUGACUUGUAUAUGAAUGGAACUUUAAAAUUAUUGCAAUGUCUUGUCAAAAUAUUUAUCCUAAUGAUUUUGAUGUUGAAUGUAUUUAUAUGAUCUGUAUUUAUAUAAGGUAUGUUCUUAUGCAGUUUCCAACCAUGAUUGACGAUACAUGUAAUUUGUUUUCGUCAUUUUUUUUCCAUUUCACUCUCCUUAACCUCCUUCGCCACUUUUUCUUUAUACUUCACUCAAUUUUCUCAUUUUAGUUUGCAGUACCACCUCUUUUUCCCUCACACACACUUCUAUCACGGCCUCUGUCUCUUUCUCCUCCUACAUGCUUAUUUCUAUUUUUCUAUUACUUAUGCCAUGAGUUAUAUCUUGAAAGUUGACUUAAGUUUUGAUACAAUACUGUAAUUAUGUUUUUUUAUUUGCUUUGUUAUAUUGUUAUUCAUUAAUGUUGUAUAUUGAUGAUUGCACCAAGUGCUGCUUGUCAGUAUAUAUAAAAAAUAUGUAUAUAGUAAUAAAGAAAAAUAGUAAUAAGGUUAGUAAUAUUAACAUUUAACAAUAUUAUAUAAAUGUCAGUAUCGUAUAUAGUUGCACAUUGCUACUUUCCAUUCACUAAUAUAUUGACCAUUCGCCAAAUUACAAUAUUCACGAAUUACAAUCUAAAAAAGCCAGUUACGUUCAAUAGAAAUAUAAAAUUACAAUCCAAUAAAGAUAUUGUUGAAGAAUUCAAUAAAUAUUUUUGGUCAUUCGGAAGAGAUAUACUGGAAAGCAUUUAUACAGAUAAGUAUAAUAACGAAAUUAUAUAUAAAAAUAAAUGAAAUGAAUUGAAUUUAUUUUAUGAUUAUUUACUCGUGAAUAGAACACUUAAUUCAUUCUUUCUGAAUCCUACAUCUGUAAAUGAUAUCUUAAAACUUCCAUUAUUAGUCUACACGUCCAGAUGAGAUCAAGGGUUGUUCUAUUCACUAUAUUGCAGAACCUCCAUGCUAUAUAUUAGGGAAGCCAUGGUCAAGACUCUAGUCUUUCAAUCUGAAGGAUGCGGGUUCGAUUGCCAUCCAUGGUAUUUUCCUUCAGCAAGAAAUUUACCCUCAUUGUGCUGAACUCAACCCAGGUGAGGUAACUGGGUACCCAAAGGAAGUGAUUUAUCAAAAAAAUGACCGGAAUCAGGUACUGCCCUCCCAUUAAAAAAAGGAAGUAUUUAUUUACAUAGCCCUAGAAAACCUUUACUUGUUGGAAGUUUAUGUUGUUUUGGUUAGUAUGUCUUCUGAUAACGCUAUUAGGCAAAACAAAUUAUCAUUAAAAAAUACUAUUUUUCGGGCAAGAUGGUCAAUACCUCCUUUUGUGGUGGUAAUUCAUCACCAUAUCAAAAUAAAGUACCAUGAC